AUGGAAGAACCCAGGAGCAACAACCAAGCGCUGCUUUCACGGAGGGAGAGUCUUCUCGCUGCUCUGGGUCGGGCUGAGGCAUUUCUUGAGGCCUACGAUGCUGCGAGGGACGCAAGACAGGUUCAGAUUCGGCUGGACCACAUAGAAAACGUUUGGGCUAGGUUGGAGGACGUGCAGACGGAGCUGGAGUCCAUCGAGCAGGACGAACAAGGUAAGCGAAUGCAUGAGGAGGUACGUACUGCCUUUGAAGAGAGGCUGUUCGCAAUAAAAGCCGAUCUAACAUCUAAACUUCCUGUUCUUUCUAAUGACGCUCGAAUCCCUCAACCUAUUGGCCAUAAUUCCGCUCUCUCUGGGUUAAAGCUGCCCACAAUUUCACUCCCCGAGUUCGAUGGGGACUAUAUGCAGUGGUUGGGUUUCCAUGACACGUUCUUGGCUUUAAUUCACGCAAAUCCCGACGUGCCAGAAAUUCAAAAGUUUCAUUACUUGAAAGCCGCAGUGAAAGGGGAAGCUGCACAGCUAAUUGAAACGAUCGCAAUCAGUGCAGCGAACUACAACUUGGCUUGGGAUACUUUGGUAAAGCGCUAUGCGAACGAUUAUCUUUUGAAGAAGCGACAUUUGCAGGCACUCUUCGAUAUUCAACGCAUGAAGAAGGAGACAUCAUCGACGCUGCACGCCUUGGUGGACGAGUUCGAACGCCACACGAAGACCUUGAGGCAGAUGGGGGAACCUACCGGUCAAUGGAGCAGCAUUCUUGAGCAUCUGCUCUGUACUCGGCUACAUGACGACACUCUCAAGGCGUGGGAGGUGCACGCAUCGACCGUGGAGAAUCCGGACUACCCGUGCCUCAUCGACUUUCUGCAGCGACGAGUACGUGUGCUGGAAUCUAUUUCAGUCAACCACCAUGCUCCUCCAUCCAUUCCAAGUUCGUAUCAUGGGGCAAAACGACAGCAGCAAUUUCGGCUUACUUCGUGUGCUUCUACUACCAAAGCGAUGGUCAAAUGUCCAGUGUGCUCGCAAGAACAUUACAUCAGCAGGUGCCAAAAGUUCCUUGGUCUCUCGGUGGCACAACGUCAGCAACUUGCUAUGAAGAAGCGACUCUGCCACAACUGUUUGAAAGGAGAACACAUAGCGAAAAAUUGUUCGUCCGACUUCAACUGCAAACAUUGCAAUCGACGCCACCACUCUCUUUUGCAUGCCGGUACUAGCGAUGGAACCCAGGGAGCCACUUCUGACGCACCCGUCCCGAGUACAUCUGCUGUGGUACAGGCUCACCAAAAUCAUCCAACUUCUUCGAUGGGAAAUCCUAUUCAAUCUGCGGUCGCAGCCAUCGAAAAUGUUCCAGAUUGUGAAGUCAGCGUUCCGAUUCAACAUCCCAAGGAGAACGUCUUUCUUCUGACAGCUCUGGUGAGAGUCGUUGAUGCCUUUGGUCAGGGUCAUCUGGUUCGUGCACUUUUGGACAGCGGAUCGCAGCCUGACAUCGUCAGUGAGCGUAUGGCCCGUCAACUACGACUGAAGAAAACAAAUGUGGAUGUGACUAUACAGGGAGCCGGCCAGCUUGAGCAGUCGGUACGUGAGUCCAUCGUGGCGCAAGUCAAGUCAAGGAAUGGAAACUUCGAAGCCGAAAUCAAGUUCUUAGUCAUGAACAAGGUAACAGCAAAUCUUCCGGCGCACGACAUCUCCACUGAUGAUUGGCAGAUUCCCGAAGAGUUAGCCCUUGCUGAUCCUGGAUUCAACAAGAGCCAGCGCAUCGAUAUGGUUCUCGGGGCAAAACAUUUUCAAUCCUUCUUCCCCAGCGCCGUUCGCAUUCAUCUUGGUGAACAUCGUCCGCUACUUGUGAAAAGCGUCUUCGGAUGGGUGGUAACCGGUUCUGCACUAACACAGCCCAAUCAAUCGCCCACUCCAUAUUCUCUCUCGUACAGUAUCCUGAACGUUUCGACGGUAACGUUAGAGGAGAGUAUCGAACGUUUUUGGAAAACGGAGGACCUGUCAAUGAAGGACAAUUAUUCGGUUGAGGAGCGCUACUGUGAAUCUCUCUUCAAGUCCACGACGACCCGCACCGCUGAGGGUCGUUACAUGGUUCGACUGCCACGAAAACCUGAAUUCGAAGCCAUGAUGGGAGAGUCCCAGAUCAACGCCUAUCGUCGAUACGAAAUGCUGGAGCGGAGAUUUGAGAGGAGCCCAACACUGAAGGAGGAUUACCACAAAUUCUUGAAGGAGUACCUGUCCCUCGGCCAUAUGCGGUUGGUCGAGUCCGACAACGAAGGCAAUUCUACAGCAUACUAUUUGCCACACCAUCCCGUGCUGAAGGAGUCGAGCACAACAACGAAGCUCCGAGUAGUGUUCGACGGCUCGGCUAAAACCUCGACUGGCCACUCGCUCAAUGAGGCGCUCUGUGUAGGUCCUGUAGUACAGGAUGACCUCAUAACGAUUCUUUUAAGGUUUCGCACCUUCUUGGUUGCACUUGUCGCGGACAUAGCAAAAAUGUACAGACAAGUUCUGGUACACCCUGACGACACCCAUCUGCAACGCAUCCUGUGGCGAGUUUCUGCCAGCACAGUUAUCCAUGUUUUCGAGCUGCUUACCGUUACUUACGGUCUUGCUCCUUCGUCGUUCUUGGCAACCCGUGUGCUUCAGCAGCUAGCUAUAGAUGAAGGCGAUGCAUUUCCUCUCGCCGGACCAGCGUUGCGAAAAAGCUUCUACGUAGAUGAUUUCAUCGGUGGUGCCAAUUCCAUAGAAGAAGCGAUCAGUCUCCGUGAGCAAUUAGAAGAUUUGAUGCAACGGGGUGGAUUCGACUUGCGUAAGUGGACGUCCAGUCGUUUCGAAGUUCUGCAGGGAUUGGACAAAGAGCACAUCGGCACCCAGUCAACGCUUUGCUUUACCCCCAACGAGUCCAUUAAGGCACUAGGAAUCGUCUGGGAGCCCGAAAAUGAUGCCUUUCGAUUUGAUUCAGCGAUCCAGCUACGUGACGCUCCACCUACGAAGAGAUCGAUACUAUCGGAUAUCGCCAAGCUGUUUGACCCUCUAGGACUGAUAGCUCCUGUAGUCGUACGCGCAAAAAUCCUUAUGCAGGAGUUGUGGUUGCUUUCUUCGGAUUGGGACGAACCAGUUCCCGAUUCCAUUCGCAUCAGAUGGGAGAGUAUUUGCAAUGAGUACCCCCUCAUCUCAUCCUUCCGAGCUGAACGCUACGCUUUUCUUCCAAACUCCCGAGUUAAGCUUCACACCUUCGCGGAUGCAUCGGAAUCGGCGUACGGAGCAUGUACUUACGCUCGCUGCGAAAAUGACCAGGGAGAAGUGUCUGUCCAACUGCUCAUGUCGAAAUCCAGAGUAUCACCUCUCAAGCGUCUAACCAUCCCUCGCCUGGAGUUGUGCGCCUCUGUCCUUGCAGCGCACUUGUAUCACCGUAUCAGACAAGCCAUCGACAUACCCAUUUCUGCAGCGUUCUUCUGGUCCGAUUCUGCUGUCACGCUGCAGUGGCUUCGCUCUCCACCCAACGUUUGGAAAACUUUUGUCGCCAACCGUGUGUCUGAGGUGCAGCAUUUCACGCAUGGAUGCCAGUGGAACCAUAUUUCCGGGGUGGAGAACCCUGCUGACCUAGUGUCCCGAGGUCUUUCCGUUGGAGAAUUUCUGCGCAGCGAUUUGUGGAAGCGUGGGCCGUCAUGGUUAUCCGAACAGUCGAGAUCCUGGCCAAUAUCAAGACCACCUAACGUUCCUGAAGAAGCACUUGAGGCAAAGCAAGUCGUCGCAAUCGUUCAUACAACCCCAGAGCCCAAUCCGUUAUUCGUCCGCUGGAGUACCUACCGUCGCUUGCUGCACGUGACUGCCUACUGUUUGCGCUUCAUCAACAAUGCCCGUAUCAAAGCCAGAACUCAACAUAUUCCCACCACUGAGCCAAGCCAAGAAGCAAACACCGUCGAGCAUUUAGCACGAGCCAAAUCGUUGCUAAUCCGCCUUGCCCAGAGAGAUGCGUUUCGGGAUGAAAUCAAAGCCAUUAAAGACAGGAAUGUUUUACCCAAACGAUCAUGCAUUCGCCGAAUGAAUCCUUUCAUUGAUCCUGAAGGGAUAUUGAGAGUUGGAGGCCGAUUAAACCUUUCGCAAUUGCCCUAUCAGACAAAACACCCUGCCCUCCUCCCAGCCAACCACCCACUUUCCAGCCUAAUAGCCAAGUACUAUCACCUUAACCUUCUUCACGGCGGCGGGCGCCUUCUACUAACAGCCAUACGUGAGGAAUUUUGGCCAAUACGUGGCCGCCAAUUAGUACGCUCUACAGUCCGCAACUGCUUUCGCUGCGUGCGCCUUAAUCCCGUUCCAGCACAGCAGCAAAUUGGCCAGCUACCUACCUCGAGAAUCACGCCAGGUCGCCCGUUCUCCGUCACUGGCGUAGAUUACGCUGGACCUCUAUACUUACGACCAAUCCACAAGCGAGCCGCACCUGUAAAAACUUACCUGUGCCUCUUCGUAUGCUUCGUAACAAAAGCAGUCCACUUGGAAUUGGUUUGCGAUUUAUCAACCCAAGCCUUCAUCGCUGCCUUGCGACGGUUUAUUGCUCGACGUGGACGACCAAGCCACAUACAUUCGGACAAUGGAAAGAACUUCGAAGGCGCCAAGGGAGAACUCACCGAAAUGUUCGAAAUUUUUCGGAAACGUAACGAGAGAGAAACAAUAGUAUCCACCUGCGCCGAGGAGGGAAUAGUGUGGCAUUUCACUCCGCCAAAAGCCCCCCACUUUGGAGGCUUGUGGGAGGCGGCCGUCAAGGUAGCCAAGAGGCAUUUAUUCCGUCAACUAGGUGCGUCGCGGUUGAGCUACGAGGAUAUGGCCACUGUCCUCUGCCAAAUCGAAGCCGUGAUGAAUUCAAGGCCACUUCUGCCGAUGUCGGAUGAUCCCAAUGAUUUGGCUGCACUCACUCCGGCUCAUUUCCUAAUCGGCACCUCCAUGCACGCCUUGCCCGACCCAGACCUGCUGCACAUCACGGAGAGUCGACUGGAGCACUACCACAAGCUGCAACUGCACGUACAGCAAUUCUGGAUCCACUGGCGUAAGGAAUACCUGCAGGAACUCCAAAAGGACACGAAAUCGGCGGAGCGCAACAACUCCAUCCAACCGGGACGAAUGGUCGUCAUCGUCAAUGAGCAGCUAGCACCAAUUCGCUGGCCGCUAGCCAGAAUAGUCGAUCUGCGCCCUGGAACGGAUCAAAUAACUCGUGUGGUCACGCUUCGCACUGCAAGAGGAAUAAUUACCCGUCCAAUAACGAAAAUCUGCUUGCUUCCUGACGUUUCCGCGGAAUCCGGCGAUGGACAUCGACUUCCCGAGGAGAUCGACCCGUGA